GUCAGCCAUGAGGGCGGAGCCGCCAAACUGGCUUAGGGGAGCGGGCACCGCAGGCCCGUGCUCCAGAGACUGCAAGAAUGCGCCCGAGAAUGCAGCUUGUUGUUACCCUGCUCUGCGCCUGGGCGCUGGGGCUGUGUCUGGCUGCCCCAGAGCAGACUGUCAGAUGGUGCACCACCUCAGAUCACGAGGCCAGCAAGUGCUCCAGUUUGAAAAGAGCCCUUUCUGCCGGCGGUCCUCGCAUGGACUGUGUGAGGAGAGCCUCCGCCCAAGAGUGUAUCAAGGGCAUUUCGGCAAAUGAAGCAGAUGCUGUGACCGUUGAAGGAGGUUUGGUGUUCGCGGCGGGUCUGGCUCCCUAUAACCUGAAGCCCAUUGUGGCUGAAGUGUAUGGCUCUCGAGAUGACCCGCAGACCCACCACUAUGCUGUAGCCCUAGUGAAGAAGGGAAGUGGCUUCCAGCUGAACCAGCUCCAGGGCAAGAAGUCCUGCCACCCAGGCCUGGGCUGGGCUGCCGGCUGGACCAUCCCUAUCCGGACGCUCCUUCCCCCGGGCUCUAGGGAAGAAGCCAUGGCCCAGUUCUUCUCUGGCAGCUGCGUCCCCUGUGCCGAUGGGAAGAAUUUCCCCCGCCUGUGUCAGCUGUGUGCGGGUGAAAGGACGGACAAGUGUGCCUGCUCUUCCCAGGAACCCUACUUCGGCUACGCGGGCGCCUUCCAGUGUCUGCGGGACGGUGCAGGGGAUGUGAGCUUUGUGAGGCAUCUGACGGUGUUUGAGAAUGUGCCAGAGAAGGCUGACAGGGACCAGUAUGAGCUGCUCUGCCGGGACAACACCCGGAAGCCAGUGGACCAAUACAAGGACUGUCACCUGGCCCAUGUCCCUUCCCACGCCGUGGUGGCCCGAAGUGUGGGCGGCAAAGAGGACCAGAUCUGGGAGCUUCUCAACUACGCCCAGGAACAUUUUGGAAAAGAUAAGUCCACCGAGUUCCAGCUCUUCGGCUCUGCACUCGGGAAGGACCUACUGUUCACCAACGCUGCCCAUGGGCUGCUCCGUGUGCCCCCAAGGAUGGAUGCCAAGAUGUACAUGGGCUACGAGUACAUUUUCACCAAUCGGCAUUUACAGGGAGGUGCAGGGCACCCCCAGGGGGUGCUGUGGUGUGCAGUGGGUGUGCACGAGAAGGCCAAGUGUGAUGCGUGGAGUGCUGUGAGUGGCGGCAUCCUACAGUGCUCCAGGGCGGAGACCACAGAGGACUGCAUGGCCACCAUUGUGAAAGGAGAAGCUGAUGCCAUGACCUUGGAUGGAAGCCAUCUGUACAUAGCGGGCGAGUGUGGGCUGGUACCUGUGCUGGCAGAGAUCUACAAGCCUAAAGAUGGUACCGAGCAGCUUGGUUCUAACUGUGUGGAUGCACCCAUAGAAGGUUAUUAUGCUGUGGCAGUGGUUAAGAAAGACUCUGACCUCACCUGGGACUCUCUUCGAGGCAAGAAAUCCUGUCACUCCGCGGUCGGCACUUCUGCAGGCUGGACCAUCCCUAUGGGCUUAAUAUACAACCAGACAGGUUCUUGUCAGCUUGAUCAGUUCUUCAGUCAAAGCUGUGUCCCCGGGUCCGACCCACACUCUAGCCUCUGUGCUCUGUGCAGUGGUGGCCAGGAAGCAGCCCACAAGUGUGCUCCCAACAGCCUCGAGGCAUAUUUCGGCUCCAGUGGAGCAUUGAGGUGUCUGGUUGAGAAAGGAGAUGUGGCCUUUGUGAAGCAUUCGGCUGUCCUGCAGAACACCGGGGGAAGGAACAUUGAACCCUGGGCGAAGGGUCUGAAGCAGGAAGAUUUUCAGUUACUGUGCCUCGAUGGCACCAGGAAGCCAGUGACUGAGCCUGAGAGUUGCCACCUUGCCAUCGUCCCCAACCAUGCCGUGGUCUCAAGGAAAGAUAAGGUGGAUCUUGUUCGCAGAAUGCUCUUCAACCAGCAGGAACUCUUUGGAAGAAAUGGGUUUGAAUACAUGAUGUUUCAGCUGUUCAGAUCUUCAGUGGGGAAUGACUUGCUCUUCAGUGAUGACACAGAAUGCUUGGCUAAUCUUCAGAACAAAACAACUUAUCAAAAAUAUUUAGGGCCAGAGUUUCUUGCGACUGUUGAUCACAUGCGACCAUGCUUAACCUCUGAACUUCUGGAUGCCUGCACAUUUCACAGAAAUUAAGAGCCUGAAACAUGUGGUCAGUCAUACCUGUCAGUGUGGGGCACCUAUUCUGUGCUAUAACUGAUGUAGAAAGUAAAAUGAGUAAACAUUAUUGUAUCUUCUCAUAAAACUGUACUUAAUAUUCUUAGAUUUGAGGAGGGAGAAAGUUCUCUAUAUGAGAAUUGGGCCUCUGAAUUUGAUAUCAAUGAAACCAUACUAACUUUUGGAAUUCUGCAAAAGGGACUUAACUUCCAACCCUAUUCUAUAUCUUAUCUAAUAAUUCAUCAAAUAAAGUUUAAAUAACAAAUCUGUCUGAAGGAGUCUGAAUGAUGAUGAAUAAGCAGAAAACUUCAAUAUAUACAGUGUCAAGGAUUUACACAGCAAAAUAAAGAUGAUAAUGGACUAGGUAUAUUUGCUUCUGUAUAUCAUUUUUAUAUAGCUGAAGAAUAUCUGUCUCUUUCCUGCCCAUUUAUUUUUCUUUAUAUUAAGAAAUGAACAUAUAAUUGAUAUGGUAAAUCCAUCAUUAUAAUGUACAGUUCCAUAUAU